AUGUCUAGGCACCCGAAUUUCAUAGCGCCGGGAGGACAUGGCGGUGAGUCUCCGUACCGCCGGUACGACGAGGACUCGGCUGGCAGAGUUGCUGAGAAGCGAACGUUGAUCAGGAGAGAAGAGUCGCCGACUACUGGCGAGGAGCUCGUGACAGUGCGCAGCAUUCCCAGCAUCGGCAGCCCGAGUUCCUUGAGACGAGCCUCUACGUCACUGUCGUCGUCAAUGGAAAUUCCAGGGAGACAUCACCAAGUCGCCGACCGUCAGCACCACGCCUUUCGUCGAUCGCAAUCAUUCAAUGCCGUUUCAUCGCUUCGUGGCUUAUCACCACCCCCUCAGCACCCUGCUACGAGUACCAAACGUGAUGACAUAGUCGUUCUCGUGAUGGGUAUGACAGGCAGCGGAAAAAGCUCUUUCAUCAGUCGAGUUUCCGAUAGCAAGGUCCAGAUUGGCCAUUCACUCACCUCCUGCACGACCGAUCCAGAAAUCUAUGCUGUGCAGCUGCCAGGCCGUCGCCAUGCAUAUCUUAUCGACACGCCUGGCUUCGAUGAUACCUCAAAGUCAGACGCUGAGAUUUUGAAAGGUAUCGCAUUCUUCCUGCACAGCCUCUUUCAGCGGAAAAUGCUGCUGUCUGGGAUGAUCUACAUGCAUCGCAUCACCGAUGUGCGCAUGGGAGGUGCGGCGAUGAAGAGUUUGGAGCUGUUCAGGCGUAUCUGCGGAUCCGAGGCCUUCCAAAACAUUGCUCUUGUGAGCACUAUGUGGGAGCAGCUGAAAGGUGAAGAAGGGCAAGAGGUUGGUGAGGAACGCGAGGACAAACUCUUGUCCGAGGCGAGGUUCUGGAAGGAUUUCGUGGAUGGAGGGAGUAGACCACUGCGUCAUCAUGGAACAGACACCUCUGCGCGACGGAUUCUCGAGAGCAUGCCGCUUGCUUCUCCGCCCGGGAUAGCUCUACAGCUGCAGCGGGAGAUGGCCGACGGACGCUCACUGGACAAGACAUCGGCAGGCAUGUACCUAGAGGGUGGCAUGGAACAGAUGAUAUCCAAGUACGAGAAAGAGGUGCGCCGAUUACGACAGGACAUCGACGAAGUGCGUGCCGAAGGAGAUCUGGCGAGCGAGGAGAUGCUGCGAGAAGAGCACAAAGCAUCGUUGUCAAAGCUACACGAGACCGAAAAAGGCAUGGACUCCUUGAUCGUGGACGCGGAUCAAUUGAUCAACGAAAAAGCUCCCGAGUACAGGGAGAACGUGGAAAAGCAACAACGGCGAGAAUUGGCUCGAGACCCGGCCCUGGCCGAAGUUCUGCAACGUCAACGUAAGCUGGAAGCGGAAAAGCUGGAGCUGAAGAGGGACAUCGACUACCUGAAGCAUCGCGACAAAGAGAAGAGCCUGCUUAUAGACGCGAUGCGUCGACAAGAUCACGCCUCACGCCUCCACGACAGGAGGGGCGAAGCUCGACAACGCCGAGCUUCAAUAUCACCACCUCCGUCCUCAAGGAGCCGGGUCGAGGAAAUUGAAGCUCAACAGCGUCAGGACGACCGCUUGAUCGACGAGAAACUGCUGGCCAGAAACCCUGCUAUCAGCUUCGCCCGGGAGUUGGUCAAGCCACUGGCUCCAACUGUGGCUCGAUAUUGGAACGCUGUCGCUCCCCGUCAGACGCCUCGGAAUGGACGUGCGGAACGGCCAGGACGGUACUACAGAUAG